AGCUUAUGGUGGCUGAAUGCGCUGGUUUGCCAUUGGCCAUUGCUGUCAUUGCAGGAAGCAUGAGAGGAGUAGAAGAUAUUUCUGAGUGGAGAAAUGCAUUACGUGAAUUGCGUCAAUGCGUCGUGGACACAGAGAAAGAUUCAGAGGACGAGAUAUUUAAACGUUUGAAGUUUAGUUAUGACCGUCUACCAAAUUCAAGCAUCCAAAAGUGUUUCUUAUAUUGCUCAUUGCAUCCAGAAGAUUGGGAGAUUAGAAGACAAGACCUAAUUGAAGACUGGAUUUGUAAGGGAAUUGUUGGAAAAUUAGAAAGCAGAAGAGAAAUGCAAGAUAAAGGAAAUGCUAUUUUAAAUAUGCUUGUGAACUGUUGUUUGUUAGAGGGAGGCUAUAGAAAGGAGUUUGUUAAGAUGCAUGAUGUUGUGAGGGACAUGGCACUGCGCAUCAGGAGCACGCGUCCUUGUAGGUUUAUGGUAAAAGCUGGAAUGAGAUUGACAAAGAUACCGGAUGAGGAUGAAUGGAAUGAAGAUUUAGACAAGGUCUCCCUCAUGAAAAAUGAAAUAUCAGAUAUCCCUGAAAAUAUGUCCCCCAAAUGCUUGAUGCUCUCAACCUUGAUUUUGGAGGGUAAUAAAGGAUUGAGACAAAUUUCAGAGUGUUUUUUUGCUAACAUGCCCCAGCUGAAGUUUCUUGAUCUUUCUAGAACUGGCAUUGAGGUUCUACCUAAUUCCAUAUGUAACUUGGAAUAUCUCACUGCACUGAUCCUCUGUGGAUGUCAGCUUUUAGAACGCAUGCCUUCCUUGUCAAAGCUUAAAGCACUGAAGAAGUUGGAUUUGAAGGGAGCAGGCCUUCGUGAGGCUCCUGAAGGCAUUGAAAUGUUAGAAAAUCUGGAAUAUCUUGAUUUAUCUUGUCUCAACCUGAGGGUGCUACCAAGAGGAAAAAUCAGUGGAUUUGAUUGCCUGAAAGACUUCAGCAGUUUUGUUAACAAGUUGAACCAUUGUGGAAGACCCAGUCAUUACUUUAUGAAAAUGGAAGGAGAACCUUUCCUCGGAAACAAAAUGGAAGGAGAAACUGACGUUCUAUUCUGUAUGAGUUGGGAUACAAUAUGGUUUCCGGAUAUCAUGGAGUUAAUACCAAUGGAUAUGAUACACAGGGGCAAAGAUAACGAGGGGUAUUUUUGGAAGUUCAACAAUAAUGAUCUUCCUAAAUGGGUAAUUUUAUCCAGAUGCAAGAUAGGAGAAAAAGAUGAGUUUGUCCUUCCAGAUGACCUUCAGGAUUUGAGGAUUGAAUCCUGCAAUGCGGUCGGUGAUAUUUCUAUUUUUCAGAAAGAUCCUACUCAAUUGCGAACUUGUGCUUUGAAAUACUGCCAAGGGAUAGUGUGUGUGGUCUCUUUGUCAUCAUCUUCAUCUACUUCCUUGACAGUUAUGAAUAACCUUGAAGAACUAACUCUUGAGUGUUUGUCUGACUUGCGGGAUGUUGUGAAAGUGGAAAAAACAAGAGCAUCGCUUGCACCGACAAUAUGCCCUCACAUCUUUUCCAAUCUUAAACAGCUGAGGGUAUACGAUUGUUCAAAAUUGAAGAAGCUUUUUCCAUAUGAGCUGCUGCAGGGUCAGGGCCUCCAAAACUUGGAGCUGAUUGAGGUGAAUUAUUGUCAGGGGAUGGAGGAAAUAAUAGGAUGGGAAGAAGAGGAGGAAGGAAAUCAAACGACUACUCCAAUAUUGAUCACUCUUCCAAAAUUAAGGAGAUUGGACUUGAAUUAUUUACCAAAAUUGAAGAGAAUCUGCCCCGAAAGAGGAGUAAUGGUUUGUGAAUCUCUCAAUAGCAUCAAAAUAUCGACCUCUAUGAAGGUAAAGAGGAUUCCCUUUUGUCUUAGAAGGAAAAACACGCAACCAUCUCUUCCUGCUGUCAAAUGUAUCUCUAUUUUAAAUCCAAAAAAAUGGUGGGAAUCGUUGGAGUGGGAGAAUCCUGACGAUAAGAUUGUCCUCCUACCUUUCCUCAAAUAUAAUGAGUUCGGUUGGCUUAUUGUUCAACUCUUGCAGCCAUUCAACCUAUACGUAGGCCAUAACAGACCCAAGCCCUUCACCGUCUUUCCUCCUGCUUUCAGAUUGUGCUUUCUUCUGUAUCAGCUGCCUCUACCUUCCUAUUCUACACUGGGACUCUCUAACCUUAUGGCAGCAAGUUUGCUUGAAGAAUUGGCCGCUGGGGAUUUGCCUGACCCUGAUGAGUGCAACAAUUUCAUGAACAAAGUCUUUGAAGAAUAUACAGAGACGGACAUUUUCAGAAAAAAGAGAGACAUCAUCAACGAUUUCUCUUGGAUCCAUGGUAACUAGAUGGCUGGUUUUAGCAUGUUCCUUGAGAAUUGUAGCAUUGAUCUUGCUGAACUUUGGACCUAUGCGUUGUUCUCCUUCUGGCUUUAGAACUUAACAUUAACAAUACCAGCCAUCACCCUAAUAGGAACAUCAUCAAGAAAAUCACUGGCACUACCAAUACUAGGAGGUGGAGCCCGACAGCUACACAGCUGAUUGGAUGGCUAAAUACAGUCUUGAAAUCAUCAACUUGUGUGUGAAAUCCCUUCCAAGGGUAUUUUGGCUUAUCAUUCUGGCUGAUGCUGAUAGUAUUGCAUCCCUAGAAUUACUAAAUAAGUCAUACCCUUUUGAGUCUUGAAGCAUAUAUAUCAUGUAAGGCUUAGCACAUCAGCACCCUGUCAAUUUCAAAACAUUGAAAUUCAGAGAGUUCAAAUUCGGAUAAUCAAUAUAUGUGAUUUAA